AUUGAUGUUACAACCUGACAACCAGGUGGAUGAUGAUUGGACUGAUAUAGAUGAGGAUAAUGAUGAAACUGAUGAUGUGAGACGCUCCUCUGCUUUUAAAAGGAGACGUUAUCAAGUUAUAAAACAUAAAAAAAACAUCCAAUGCUGUCUCGGGCACAGAAAACACCAUCAAGUUGAGUGUGUCUGGCAUCGAAGUUCCCUUGUCACUCUAGAACAGGAAUGUCUUGUGCGGUAGAUACUGCCUGGCACAAUCGUGGCUUUGACAGCUUGACUUCUCACAGCUUCUUCAUGAGCAAGGCACAGUAUGGAAAGAAAGUAGUGAAAGCAGUCGUUAGUCAUCGGACAUGCGGAGUUUGCAAAUGGUGGAAAAGGAAUAGACCUUCAGAGGCAGUACGAAAUCAUCGUUGUGUUCAUGAUCACACAGGAAGUGUCAGGCUUAUGGAAAGUGUAUCGGGUGAGCGGGGUGUAUGUGAGCUACACAAGGACGGAACUCCUGUGGAAGUGAUUGAAGGCGAUGGAGAUAACACCAUGAUAGCUCGUCUGAAAUCCAAAUCAAACAUUAGCUUGAAAAAGAAAUUUGACAGGAAUCAUAUAGUGAAAAACAUUGGAAAGAAGCUAUAUGCUCUUCAGGCGGACAAAAGCACAAAGCUCAGUAAGUUAGUGAUCCUACACAUUCAGAAAUGUGUGAAGUAUAUUCUAGCAAAGAAUCAAGGUGAUCCAAAGGGAAUAGAAGAAAAUCUUAAAGCUUUAGUACCUCAUCAAUUCGCAGACCACACAAUGUGCCAGCCUCCAUGGUGUGGGUACAAGCGUGACCGCAGCGUUAAAUACUCGCACAGAAGCCUGCCCUAUAAAGGACCGCUGAAGGACGACCACCUUAGAUCUCAGCUAGAAAAACUGUUUGAACCAGUUGUGAUGAAGGCUCCCCAGCUCGCAGACCUCGGUUCAAGUCAGCAGUGUGAGCACGCAAUCAGAGAGGUCACCAUGACGGCUCCAAAGUCCCUUCAUUAUGGGAAUUCAGAAUCUUUGGAUUUUAGAGUGAAGGCCACAGCAGCAUUCAUCAAUGAAGCGCGUCACUACAUUUCAAAGGUACACUCCGAGGCAGGUCUUUCCCCUGGUGUCCACAGCCUCAGAUAUGCAGAUAAAUGCCUGAAGCAUAGGAAGCGUGUCCAGGAAAGAUCGGCACUGCCAUCGACUAAGCGGCGGCGACUACAACUAAAACAAGAGCGGUCAAUAACACAAGGUGCUCAAGAAGCUCUUGAAGACAUGUCCUAUCAGUCAGAGAUCGGGCAUUCAGAUGAUGCUGACAUCCAAAAGCUGCCAGAUCUAGUCCCUCGUGGUGACUUCAAACCUAUAGUGCUGCCAACAGGACAGCCUACAUACAUUGCUUUUGACCUGGAGACAAACUGGCCUUAUACAAGAUGGCCAGAUCCCACAUAUUACCCAGGUUGCUGCCACAGAACCUAAAAGUGGGAAAGCUUUCAAUAUGUAUGUUCUACCUACAUUGCCCAUAUCUGACAAGGCACAAGAAGUGACCGGCCUAAGAAUGGUGGAUCACAAGAUGCAGUACAAUGGAACUAAUGUAGAAGCUUAUUCCAUAUAU